UGCAGAGAGCGCUUCCUUUGCUCUGACGGUCUUCAGCAAUCGCUUGACUUGGUUUUUCCUUAACAUCUCAGACUCUCCCUAACGACGCAGAAUGGUGCGGGGCCCCGCUGUGCUCCUUUCAUGCUGAGGCCCUUGCACCGGCACAUAGACCCUCCGCUGACCGCACUGAUAUUUUUUAUUGGCAGUCAGCCCAAGACGGAAUGUCGAACAGCCCCGAAGGAAGUCGCUCCGGGGGCGGUGGCUACUGCUCCGGCUCUGACCGCGACUCCAAACGGGCCUCCUCGAGCAACACCUCCCUAGACGGAGGACUUCAACAUCCGCCGCCGCACCAGAGCCGCAUACGGCAGUCCGACAGUAACACCAGUUUUCUUCGGGCUGCCCGAGCCGGCAACACUGACAAAGUCCUUGAAUUCCUCAAAAAUGGAGUAGACAUCUGCACUUGCAACCAGAAUGGUCUCAACGCAUUACACCUGGCAGCCAAGGAGGGACACAAAGAAUUAGUAGAAGAACUGUUACAACGAGGAGCCUCAGUCGACUCUUCGACCAAGAAGGGAAACACUGCCCUCCAUAUUGCCUCGCUGGCUGGACAAAAAGAAGUAGUUAGACUGCUGGUGAACAGAGGGGCAGAUGUGAAUGCUCAGUCACAGAAUGGCUUCACUCCACUCUACAUGGCAGCCCAAGAAAAUCAUUUGGAGGUGGUGCGAUACUUGCUGGAAAAUGAGGGAAACCAAAGCAUUGCAACUGAAGAUGGCUUUACCCCUCUGGCCAUCGCCCUCCAACAGGGCCACAACUCAGUGGUCUCGCUGCUUCUGGAGCAUGACACCAAGGGUAAGGUUCGCCUGCCCGCCUUGCACAUAGCGGCCCGCAAAGACGACACCAAGUCUGCUGCUCUCCUGCUCCAGAAUGACCAUAACGCUGAUGUGCAAUCCAAGAUGAUGGUCAAUAGAACCACAGAGAAUGGGAAGAGCGGUUUCACUCCGCUGCACAUUGCAGCUCACUACGGUAACGUCAAUGUCUCCACACUGCUGCUAAACAGAGGAGCUGCCGUUGACUUUACAGCCCGGAAUGAGAUAACUCCUCUCCAUGUUGCUUCCAAGAGAGGAAAUACCAACAUGGUGGCUUUACUGUUGGAUCGAGGAGCUCAGAUAGAUGCUAAAACGAGGGAUGGCCUUACCCCAUUACACUGUGCUGCCAGGAGUGGACAUGAUAUGGCCUUGGAGCUCCUGCUGGAAAGAGGAGCACCCAUUUUAGCUAGAACUAAGAACGGACUGUCUCCACUCCACAUGUCAGCUCAGGGAGACCACAUAGAGUGUGUAAAACUUCUGCUACAGCACAAGGCACCUGUUGAUGAUGUCACACUGGAUUACCUGACAGCACUACAUGUUGCUGCUCACUGUGGCCACUACAGAGUCACCAAACUCCUCUUGGACAAAAAGGCUAACCCUAACGCAAGGGCAUUGAAUGGAUUUACUCCUCUCCAUAUAGCUUGUAAGAAGAAUCGAGUGAAGGUGAUGGAACUGCUUAUUAAAUAUGGCGCUUCCAUCCAGGCCAUUACAGAGUCCGGAUUGACGCCCAUCCAUGUAGCAGCUUUCAUGGGCCACCUCAACAUCGUUCUGCUGCUCUUGCAGAAUGGAGCCUCUCCUGAUAUCCGCAACAUUCGUGGGGAGACAGCACUCCACAUGGCGGCACGGGCCGGUCAGAUGGAAGUGGUCCGCUGUUUGUUAAGAAAUGGAGCUCUGGUGGAUGCUAUGGCCAGGGAGGACCAGACACCUCUCCACAUUGCUUCUCGUUUGGGUGAAACCGAUAUUGUUCAGCUUCUGCUGCAGCACAUGGCCCACCCAGACGCUGCCACCACCAAUGGUUACACUCCUCUACACAUUUCAGCCAGGGAGGGUCAGGUAGAGACGGCGGCUGUGCUUCUGGAGGCCGGGGCCUCACACUCACUGGCCACUAAGAAGGGAUUCACACCCUUACAUGUAGCAGCAAAAUAUGGAAGCCUUGAUGUAGCUAAACUUCUCCUUCAACGGAAGGCACUUCCUGACGACGCUGGCAAGAAUGGCCUGACUCCAUUACAUGUAGCAGCUCAUUAUGACAACCAGGAGGUGGCUCUGCUGCUGCUGGAUAAAGGAGCUUCACCAUAUUCCACUGCAAAGAAUGGCUACACCCCACUUCACAUCGCAGCCAAAAAAAACCAGACCAACAUCGCAGUAGCACUGCUGCAGUACGGAGCGGAGACCAAUGUUCUGACCAAACAGGGAGUCAGUCCCCUGCACUUGGCAGCCCAGGAAGGACACGCUGAGAUGGUCAGCCUACUCCUGCGCAAAGGAGCUCAUGUCAACACUGCAACCAAGAGUGGACUUACAGCUUUGCAUCUAGCAGCCCAGGAGGAGAGGGUGAAUGCAGCAGAGGUUCUGGCCAAACAUGAUGCAAACCUGGACCAGCAGACAAAACUUGGCUAUACUCCUCUAAUAGUGGCAUGUCAUUAUGGAAAUCUGAAAAUGGUUAACUUCCUGCUACAGCAGGGUGCCAGCGUCAAUGCCAAAACCAAGAAUGGUUACACUCCACUCCACCAGGCAGCUCAACAAGGGAACACACACAUAAUUAAUGUGUUGUUGCAACAUGGGGCCAAACCCAACACAACUACAGUAAACGGGAACACCGCUCUGUCCAUCGCUAAACGCCUGGGUUACAUCUCUGUGGUGGACACACUGAAAGUCGUCACAGAAGAGAUCAUCACCACCACAACGACGGUGACAGAGAAACACAAACUCAACGUUCCUGAGACAAUGACGGAGAUCCUAGAUGUAUCAGAUGAGGAAGGUGAGGAUACAAUGACGGGGGAUGGAGGGGAAUACCUGAGAGCAGAGGACAUAUGGAAACUGCAGGACGAUUCUCUGGACAGCUUCAGCUACAUGAACUAUUCCUUGGACAGGUCCCAGCACACUCCUAUUCACCAAAGCUUUCAUCAGAGAGAUGAAGUUCUCAUUGAAGACAUACUGAAGAGCCACCAGGUAUCAGCAUUGUCUAGAGAGCAUGACAAGGAAUCUUUCCGACUGAGCUGGGGUGCUGAACACCUCGAUAACGUCAUGCUGCCUCCUAGUCUGCUGCACUCUGGCCGUUCCUCUCCAUGCCUAGACCAUGACAACAGCAGCUUCCUGGUAAGCUUUAUGGUUGAUGCAAGGGGCGGAGCCAUGCGGGGGUGCCGUCACAACGGCCUACGGAUCAUCGUGCCGCCAAGGAAGUGUUCGGCACCUACACGUGUGACUUGCAGGCUGGUUAAGAGACAUCGCUUGGCUUCAAUGCCCCCCAUGGUGGAGGGCGAGGGGCUUGCUGGUCGAAUCAUAGAGGUUGGACCAACCGGAGCUCAGUUCCUCGGUAAGCUCCACCUUCCCACCGCUCCGCCCCCUCUGAAUGAGGGCGAGAGCCUGGUCAGUCGCAUCCUGCAGCUGGGUCCUCCAGGAACAAAGUUCCUCGGGCCUGUGAUUGUAGAAAUUCCCCAUUUUGCCGCACUACGGGGUACUGAAAGGGAACUUGUGAUUUUGCGGAGUGAAACAGGAGAAAACUGGAAAGAACAUCACUGUGACUUCACUGAGGAGGAGCUGAACCAGAUUCUUAAUGGCAUGGAUGAAAAGCUUGAUUCUCCUGAAGAGCUCGAAAAGAAGAGAAUUUGUCGAAUUAUCACCAGAGACUUUCCUCAGUAUUUCGCUGUGGUAUCCAGGAUUAAGCAGGAUAGCCAUCUGAUUGGUCCAGACGGUGGCGUGCUCAGUAGUACUCUAGUACCCCAGGUCCAGGCGGUCUUCCCCGAAGGCGCCCUCACCAAGAAGAUCAGAGUUGGGCUACAGGCUCAACCAAUUGAUGAAGAGCUUGUGAAAAAGAUUCUUGGCAACAAAGCCACUUUUAGCCCAAUUGUUACAUUAGAGCCGAGAAGGAGGAAGUUCCAUAAACCGAUCACCAUGACUAUCCCCAUCCCAAAAACCUCCAACACUGAUGGACCUAAUGCUGUGUUUAGUGGAGAGACUCCCACUUUACGUUUGCUUUGCAGUAUAACAGGUGGAACCACACCUGCCCAAUGGGAGGAUAUCACUGGCUCCACACCACUCACUUUUGUUAACCAAUGUGUUUCCUUCACUACCAAUGUGUCAGCAAGGUUCUGGCUCAUAGACUGCAGACAGAUCCAGGAGUCUGUUAAUUUUGGAACACAGCUCUACAGAGAACUCAUCUGUGUACCCUACAUGGCUAAGUUUGUCAUCUUUGCCAAAACGCUGGAUCCAAUAGAGGCACGGUUGCGUUGUUUCUGCAUGACAGAUGACAAGAUGGACAAAACCUUGGAGCAGCAGGAAAACUUCACUGAAGUAGCGCGUAGCCGAGAUGUUGAGGUGCUGGAGGGAAAGCCCAUAUAUGCUGACUGCUUCGGAAACCUUGUUCCUCUUACCAAGAGUGGACAGCACCAUGUGUUCAGUUUCUUUGCCUUUAAAGAGAACAGACUGGCACUCUUUAUUAAAAUUCGUGAUACUGCCCAGGAGCCCUGUGGUCGCUUGUCCUUCACCAAGGAACCCCGCACAUACCGAAGCCUUCAUCACAAUGCUAUCUGCAACCUUAACAUCACUCUUCCUACCUACUCAAAGGACCCUGAUUCAGACCAAGACGGGGAAGACGAGAGUGAGAAGAGUGAUAAGAAAUCUGACUGGCAGGAUGACAUUGACAGGAAAGAGGAAACAUUGACAAUAAUUGCAGAUCUUCUUGGAUUCAGCUGGACAGAGCUGGCAAGGGAACUGGAAUUCAGCGAGGAUGAUAUUCAGCGAGUAAGAAUAGAGAAUCCUAAUUCCCUGCAAGAGCAGAGUCAUGCCUUGCUGCAAAGAUGGGUUGAGCGCGAAGGCAAACAUGCCACAGAGGACUGUCUGAUAAAAAGACUAACGAAGAUCAACCGUAUGGACAUUGUCCAUCUCAUUGAAACCCAGAUGAGCAAGUCAAUUCAAGAGCAAACUUCAAGGACCUAUGCAGAGAUAGAAAAGACCCUUGAUCACAGCGAAGUCUCAGUAGCCCUAUCUUCAGUUCAAGAUGAUACAGACAGCCCCAGAAUUGUGAGGAGGGUAGAGUCAGACCGGAGACCACCCCCAGCCGUCUCUGAAGAAGACCUCUCAGUUGCUUCCUUACUGGACAUCCCUUCAUGGGCAGAACCUGCAGGACAAACCCGUUCGGAGAGCAUUCAUGGGGAUUUAUUCGAGGAGCUCGAAAUCCCACAUGAAUUGAAUCCCAAUCUAUGGAACUCAGAAGACAUGGUGGCACAAGACUCUGCUAGUCACAAUACAGAAGAGCGAGUUGCUGAAGAAUCUGACCUCGCUACUGAGUCAGUGAUUGAAGAACAGUAUCGGGAUGAAAAUGGCCGUUUAGUUGUCAAACGGGUUACGCAAAAAGUAGUCCGCAAAUGUGUUUCUGUUGAUGGUGUACAGCAUAAACAGAGGUCACCAGAGGGAGCUUCUCCUGGGCAGUUCAACGUAGCAGACGGAGAUGGUUACUCCAAAGUGGUAAAGCGGACUGUACUUAAAAGCGAUGGAGACCAUACAGAGGUCAAAUUUCUAAAAAGUGAGGGCUUCCUGCCAAAACGGCCAGAGAAUGCUGACUCAGAAAAGAAAACUGUGGUUGAGUGUGAAAGGACAGCAACUUCCCAAGGAGAUCCUACUCUGGCCUCAGACUUCGCAUCAGCCCAAAAUGAUUUCCAGCAGGACCCACAUGCAUAAAGGUUCCACCUACAGACAAGCAGUGGUGGAAGGAUCUGGGCAGCACAAAGAUGUCCUCAUUGAGUGGCAGGACUAACCUGGGAAAGCAUCAGCAGCCCGUGAUAUAUAGUAGCAACUCUACCAACUCUUUCACUGCUACCAUGAAAACAAGGACAACUUAAGAGAUGAAACAGAAGCGGAAGAGCAAUGAAUGACUAAUUCCUUUCCCCGGUCCCCAGCUCUGUCCACGCUAGAGUUCCUGCUAUUCCUAUGCAUUCGCCACAUGCAAUCCAAGUGUGCACCUCAGAGACACAACAAGUCUUCCGAUUUCAGUCCUGGAAGACAAACUUUUGUUCGCAAAAGGAUUUUUUUCUUAUUCAUAUUAUUAAGUCUUUUUCGUUGUUUUCUGAAGUUGCUUUUGCCCUUUUAUGACCAAAGAAAGUCUUCUGUUCAUUCACUCGUCGUUUUUCUUUCGCUUUUCAAAUGUGAUAGGGGAACAAGAAAACAAUCAGGAAAAACAGAGUAACACUAUCUAAGGUAAAGAAUGGUUAACCUUUAAAAAAAAAAAAAAUACUGCAACUGCUGUCUGUGUAGGGGCACAGAAUAAAAACAAAGCGGUAAUUCGCACACUGGCUCUAACACCAUUGUUUCACCAACAGUUCAAAAUGUAUCCAUCAUAUUUUUCCCCUUGAAUCCGGUGGUCAGAAUGUCACAAACAGAAAAACAGACUGUGCUGACACCAAAUGUAACUGCUGCUGUCGUGUUUUGUGUAAACUAUGUGUACUCUCGUCUUUAGUAGCCAGAAAUAUAUAUUAUCUAUUAAAUAGCUGACAUCUGUAGCCUAGGAAUGAAUAAUCACUCACGUGAAGUAAAACCGGCAUGGCUAAUCAACAUGUGUCAGUUAGAUCCUAGCUUUGACUGCUUUGCCGCUCUGUGGAUCGUCUUUCAGACUUUUAGUUUUUCCUAGUAUGUGUCUUUUUAUCUGUAACUUUAUUUGUUUCUUGGCUUUCUGUUUUUAAAUGUACAUUUUUAAUCAUGAAUGUGUGCUGUUUAUGCUGAAACAGUUAUUCUUUCAGUAGAAGAUUUCAAGAAUCAUUAUUUAACAAUAUCUGGAUUUAAUUUUUAGUUAUCCAUCAUAAGAAGGAAAAAAACUGACACAAUUUAGUGGAGCGUAAUCAGGCUUUUGCUAAUGUAACUAUGUAAAAGCUUUAUUAGUUCACCUUUUCACUGAGAAAGUGCUUACUAAUACAAUUGAGAGUUGAAGAGUCUGCUGGUUUGCUUUACACAAAUUGCUUUUGCACUCCUGAAUGUCAAGCGGGAACACCUCCACACUUUAAUGCACAAGACCUGAGGUACGGCAGACGUUAGCUACGGUGGCAGGGAAUGGGAGAUAAAACAGGUAAUGAAAUACACUGGAUGGCCGAACAGUUUUAUUGUGCACUCCUGCAACAUGUAUAUCACUCUCACUGUUUACGUUGUGAUUUAGGGGAAAAUAUGCUAAUUAGUGGAAGUUCACUGUGACAGGUUUGCUUUUAAUUUACUGAAAACAGCAUCCCUUCUUCUGUGAUGACAGUUAUGUGCAUAUCCAGCUCAUAAUUAUAUGAAUAUCUACAAGGGCAUGUAUUAUUGUAUUAAAUGUAAAAAAUAUUCAACCUACAUGGCCGUGUUGUAUCUAUGACUGGUUGGAAAUAAAAACCUACAAGCAUCCAAUGUGGGAAAUCAAAGGUAUAUCUU